AUGUUUGAGAUGGGCCCGGUGGGAACUCGUCUCCCCGCCAUGACCUCUCCAGCGCACAACCACUACAGCUACCACUCUCCCACCUCCAGCGACAGAGGCCGGUCAAGGCAGAACUCGGAUGCCAUGGACAUCCAGUCCAUCACUGAACGAGAGCCGGCGACCAGAUACGCGGUUGCGGGCGGCCCUGCGCCCUGGAAUCGCAACGGGUCUCCGAGCAUGAGCCCUAUGUAUAGCAACAAUUCCGAGCGAAACCAGUUUCAUGAAGAGAACGGACGCACCUACCAUGGCUUUCGCAGGGGAAUGUAUUUUCUUCCGUGCGAUGAGCAAGAACAGGAUCGCCUCGACAUCUUCCAUAAGCUAUUCACGGUAGCGCGGGUAUCGGAGAGUCUGAUCUACGCGCCCCAUCCAACCAACGGCCGGUUUCUGGACCUAGGAUGUGGAACUGGUAUCUGGGCGAUCGAGGUAGCGAACAAGUACCCUGAUGCGUUUGUCGCUGGUGUGGAUUUGGCUCCUAUUCAGCCUCCGAACCACCCGAAGAACUGCGAGUUCUACGCGCCCUUCGACUUCGAAGCGCCAUGGGCCAUGGGGGAGGAUUCCUGGGAUCUAAUCCAUCUGCAGAUGGGUUGCGGUAGUGUCAUGGGCUGGCCAAACUUGUAUCGAAGGAUAUUCGCACAUCUCCGUCCCGGUGCCUGGUUUGAGCAGGUUGAGAUCGAUUUCGAGCCUCGAUGUGAUGAUCGGUCACUAGAUGGAACGGCAUUGCGGCAUUGGUACGAUUGUCUUAAACAGGCGACAGCAGAGACCAUGCGGCCAAUCGCCCAUAGCUCCCGCGAUACAAUAAAAGACCUGCAGGACGCUGGGUUCACGGAGAUCGACCAUCAAAUAGUGGGACUCCCGCUCAACCCGUGGCAUCAGGACGAACACGAGCGGAAGGUGGCACGUUGGUAUAACCUGGCCGUCUCAGAGAGCAUCGAAAACCUCAGUCUGGCUCCCUUCAGUCGUGUCUAUCGCUGGCCCCUGGAGAGAAUCCAGCAACUCGCCGCAGAUGUGAAGUCCGAAGCAUUCAACAAAGAGAUCCAUGCCUACAAUAUACUGCACAUAUACCAGGCUAGGAAACCAUUAAGAUAA